AUGACAGCGGGAAAGAGAGAGAGGCGAGCGGAGGCCGCAGAUUCACCACCAGCUUUCACCCGCACACAGCCCGCUCCCGGGCAAGACCACAACGAGGCCUUUAGAAGACCGGAGCCUCCCAAACCCGCGCCCCCUACAGGACCGGAGCCUCCCAAACCCGCGCCCCCUACAGGACCGGAGCCUCCCAAACCCGCGCCCCCUACAGGACCGGAGCCUCCCAAACCCGCGCCCCCUACAGGACCGGAGCCUCCCAAACCCGCGCCCCCUACAGGACCGGAGCCUCCCAAACCCGCGCCCCCUACAGGACCGGAGCCUCCCAAACCCGCGCCCCCUACAGGACCGGAGCCUCCCAAACCCGCGCCCCCUGCAGGACCAGAGCCUCCCAAACCCGCGCCCCCUACAGGACAGGAGCCUCCCAAACCCGCGCCCCCUACAGGACCGGAGUCUCCUAAACACGCGCCCCCUACAGGACUGGAGUCUCCCAAAACCGCGCCCCCUUCAGGACCGGAGCCUCCCAAACCCGCGCCCCCUACAGGACAGGAGCCUCCCAAACCCGCGCCCCCUACAGGGCCGGAGCCUCCCAAACCCGCGCCCCCUGCAGGACCAGAGCCUCCCAAACCCGCGCCCCCUACAGGACCGGAGCCUCCCAAACCCGCGCCCCCUACAGGACCGGAGCCUCCCAAACCCGCGCCCCCUACAGGACCGGAGCCUCCUAAACCCGCGCCCCCUACAGGACCGGAGCCUCCCAAACCCGCGCCCCCUACAGGACCGGAGCCUCCCAAACCCGCGCCCCCUACAGGACCGGAGCCUCCCAAACUCGCGCCCCCUCCAGGACCGGAGCCUCCCAAACCAGCGCCCCCUACAGGAACGGAGCCUCCCAAACCCGCGCCCCCUACAGGACCAGAGUCUCCCAAACCCGCGCCCCCUACAGGACCGGAGCCUCCCAAACCCGCGCCCCCUGCAGGACCAGAGCCUCCCAAACCCGCGCCCCCUACAGGACAGGAGCCUCCCAAACCCGCGCCCCCUACAGGACCGGAGCCUCCCAAACCCGCGCCCCCUACAGGACCGGAGCCUCCCAAACCCGCGCCCCCUACAGGACAGGAGCCUCCCAAACCCGCGCCCCCUACAGGACCGGAGCCUCCCAAACCCGCGCCCCCUACAGGACAGGAGCCUCCCAAACCCGCGCCCCCUACAGGACCGGAGUCUCCUAAACACGCGCCCCGUACAGGACCGGAGUCUCCUAAACACGCGCCCCCUACAGGACUGGAGUCUCCCAAAACCGCGCCCCCUUCAGGACCGGAGCCUCCCAAACCCGCGCCCCCUACAGGGCCGGAUCCUCCCAAACCCGCGCCCCCUACAGGACCGGAGCCUCCCAAACCCGCGCCCCCUACAGGACCGGAGCCUCCCAAACCCGCGCCCCCUACAGGGCCGGAUCCUCCCAAACCCGCGCCCCCUGCAGGACCAGAGCCUCCCAAACCCGCGCCCCCUACAGGACAGGAGCCUCCCAAACCCGCGCCCCCUACAGGACAGGAGUCUCCCAAACCCGCGCCCCCUACAGGACCGGAGUCUUCUAAACACGCGCCCCCUACAGGACCGGAGUCUCCUAAACACGCGCCCCCUACAGGACCGGAGUCUCCUAAACCCGCGCCCCCUACAGGACAGGAGUCUCCGAAACACGCGCCUUCCAUGGAGGCAGCGCCAUUUUCUCGGGCAAUAUGGCGGGAGUUCCAGUUGGAUGGGGUGGGACACCAAGGAGAAUUUUAA